GGCUGGGUGAAAGCAGGCUACUGGUGUAACUGGAGCGGGUGCCAUGGGAAGGUUGCCUGGGAGAGAUUGUGACCUCUCCUCCCUACACUGUGAUGCUGCAGGCCCCCGCCAGCAAAGAAAGAAUGCGCUGCCCCCCUUGCAUCAGGUUGCCUGUACAACAGUAGAAACAUCAGUAACCACCGCUUCUGCAUCCAAUCCAGAAAAGAAACACACAGGAGAAACCAUGCGCGAGUGCAUCUCUGUUCACAUUGGCCAAGCUGGAGUUCAAAUUGGCAACGCGUGUUGGGAACUCUUCUGUCUGGAACACAGCAUUCAGCCAGAUGGCACCUUCAGCGACCCACCCAGCAAUGACGACUCUUUUGCCACAUUUUUCAGAGAGACGAGCAGUAGAAAAUAUGUACCCCGGGCUAUUAUGGUGGACUUAGAACCAACGGUAGUAGAUGAAGUGCGGACUGGCACCUACCGGCAGCUUUUCCACCCAGAACAGCUGAUCACUGGAAAAGAAGAUGCAGCAAAUAAUUAUGCACGUGGCCACUACUCCAUUGGCAAAGACAAAAUUGACAUGGCGUUAGAUCGUAUCCGCAAACUGGCUGAUGCCUGUUCUGGACUGCAGGGAUUCUUGAUCUUCCACAGCUUUGGUGGAGGCACUGGCUCUGGCUUUACCUCCUUGCUGAUGGAGCGCCUCUCUGUGGAUUACGGAAAGAAGUCCAAACUAGAGUUUGCCAUCUACCCAGCCCCUCAGGUCUCCACCGCUGUGGUGGAACCAUACAAUUCUAUCCUCACCACACACACCACCCUGGAACACUCAGACUGUGCUUUUAUGGUGGACAAUGAGGCUAUCUAUGACAUCUGUCGCAGAAACCUGGACAUUGAGCGCCCAACUUACACUAACCUCAAUCGACUCAUCAGCCAGAUUGUCUCCUCCAUCACUGCCUCGCUGCGCUUUGAUGGUGCCCUCAACGUGGAUUUGACAGAAUUCCAGACAAACCUGGUUCCCUACCCACGCAUCCACUUCCCCUUAGUGACCUACGCCCCCAUCAUCUCUUCUGACAGAGCAUAUCACGAGCAGCUCUCGGUGGCUGAAAUCACCAGCUCCUGCUUUGAGCCCAGCAACCAGAUGGUGAAGUGUGACCCACGACACGGGAAGUACAUGGCUUGCUGCAUGCUCUAUCGAGGUGAUGUAGUUCCCAAAGAUGUCAAUGUAGCAAUUGCUGCCAUCAAGACCAACAGGUCCCUCCAGUUUGUUGACUGGUGUCCAACGGGCUUCAAGGUUGGGAUCAACUAUCAGCCUCCCACGGCUACGCCAGGAGGAGACCUUGCCCAAGUCGAGCGAGCAGUCUGCAUGCUGAGUAAUACCACAGCCAUUGCAGAGGCCUGGGCAAGGCUCGACCACAAGUUUGAUCUUAUGUAUGCCAAGAGAGCGUUUGUGCACUGGUAUGUAAGUGAAGGCAUGGAGGAAGAAGAAUUUGCAGAAGCCCGAGAAGACUUGUCUGCCCUGGAGAAGGACUACGAGGAAGUAGCAACCGAUUCAUUUGAGGAAGAAAACGAUGCAGGGCAACCUUAA